AGAAGUUUGAGAGAGGAGGAGGAGUCAUGGGAGAAGAAAUUAUGGCAGCGGCAAACUACUAUUCGAAGGACUUUGAAUGGGAUCAACUUCGGCAAGAGAUCGAAAAUAAUCCUUCUCUUGCUCACCAUUUACUUCCUUUUCCUAAUUCUUCUAUCACCCAAAAUCAACAUACCCUUUUGUCUUCUCCACUUUCUUUAUGUUCUCCGCAGGAAGAUUCUGAAGCAUGGAACAACUUCCACACUCGCCAUUCCACUGGCAAAUUCUUCAAGGAGCGUCGGUACUUGCUUAAGGAAUUCCCAGAGCUAGCCUCUUGCGGGGGAUGCUCGACAGUUUUGGAGAUCGGAUGUGGAAAUGGUAGUACAGCUCUGGCAGUACUUCGUGGAAACAAGAGCAUCUCUCUGUAUGCCUGUGACUGCAGCAAAGAGGCUCUUGAGAGAGCUAAAGAGAAUAUUGAAGCUGCUGAUAUCAACUUGGCUAAAGAGCGUUUUUACCCAUUCCAAUGUGAUUUUUCUGCUAGUGGAUUUCCAAAUUGGUUAGUCUGCACUUCUUGCCGUGAAAGUUCCUUCCAGAAGCAGAAUAUGUGCCCCUCAGGUGCAAGAGGCUGCAGCAAGCAAGAUUUCCCUGAUCCACCGAUAUUUGCCAAGAACAAUAGCUGCAUUGCCGGAGUAGAUUUUGUUACCUUAAUAUUUACUCUAUCAGCAGUGCCACUUCACAGGAUGUCAAGAGCAAUCACAGAAUGUUUCUCUGUUCUAAAGCCUGGAGGACUGUUGUUAUUCAGGGAUUAUGGUCUUUAUGAUAUGACCAUGCUUCGGUUCGAGCCAGAGCAAAGAGUAGGAUACAGGGAGUACAUACGUUCUGAUAGAACAAGGUCUCACUUCUUUUGCUUGGAUAGUGUUAGAGAUCUCUUUUGCGGCUCAGGAUUCACUGAGCUUGAGCUUGAAUAUUGUUGUGUCCAGUCAGUAAAUCGACGGAAUGGGAAGAUCAUGCGAAGAGUAUGGAUUCAUGGGAAGUUCCAGAAGCCACAUGUCCAAGUAGGUCCAUAACCCUGUGGUUUUGAUGGGAGAAAGUGAGCUUGCAAGCAGCUAAAUUAAUGUUCCUUAAGCUUAAGAAACUGAAAAAAAAGAUGACCAUGUAUUAUUUAUACCCUUAAUCGUCCUCCAACAGAGCUAAAUCAAUGAUGUGUAGAAGUGGCACUUUGUCUCGUGAAUCAUAUGAAGUAGUGCUGUGAUUAUAUGAUGAUAUACAGAAAAGGAUGAGCAAAAAUUUGACAAGAUGGUCAUAUUCUUUCUGUUGACUCCAUCAGUUAUCUUAAGCUUGGGGCUGUUUUAAGGUCAGUUUACACUAUGAUGGUGCAGUUUGGUUUGAGAAGCUUCUCAA